AUGAAGAAAGUAAAUUACUUCUUUAACAAAUUUUAAGACAUUAGAGUAGAGGAUAUUAACUUGGAUAAAUAAGCGAUUAAAGGAUCUGUGUAAAUUAAAAGCAGUUUGAACGUGCCUGACAAGAAAAAUACAGCGAAGUCAAAGGAAUUACUAGAUUAAUCCUAGUUUAAUACCAGAAAUUACAGAGACAUGGAGGAGGAAAUACUUAGAGAGAUUAGUGCAGUCCAUCAGAUUGAUAGAAAUCUAAAUACCACAGAGCUCAAUUCAUUGCAGUAUGAUUUUGAGGAUAUAUUGAAGAGUGAUCAACUCGAAUUACUUUGUAAUAAUUCAUAUGAACUCCAAUUAUUAGAGCUUUAACAGUACCAGAGUCAAGACCCAAAUGGCAAUGGAGUCAAUACGUUAACAGAUAACUUCGACAUGCUUGAUCAAUUUAAAUCCCCUAUUCUAUCAAACAAGAUAAAGUCAAAUUAUGAUGAAAAGUAUAGAAUUAGAGGGUAAAUAUAAAAAAUUAAAAAGGGAAUUUAUAUAGGAAUCAUUAACCUAGACAUUCAAAUCUCUCCAUUGAAAGUUUGA